GAGAGCUGUGUGACCAGCCCCAUCUAUGAAAGUGAAUCUCAGCUUACAUCAUCUCUCAUUUACAGCUGGGCUGCUACUGUCAGACCGGGUCGGAGGACAAUCAACUGCAACUGCUGCUGCCGCUGCUGGUGUGUUUUGUGUGGUGUGGACUUUCUCACGUUGCGGUGGACACACACACAUACAGGAGCUUGCAUGCCCAAUACUCCCACCCCCACCUCUCGCUCUCUCUCUCUCUCUCUGGCGCAUACAUACACACACUCGGGGGGAGAGACAGUGUGUGAGUGGCGGAUCCUGUUGGGUGGAGUGUACUGAAGAGAGGAGAAGAGAGGAGCGGAGUGGCAGACUCUACCAUGCCAGUGCAGGGAGAAAGGCUGAAGCGCUGUCUCUCUCUCUGUCUCUGGAGUCGGAGCCCUCUGCUGUUGCUUGGACUGUUCUCUCUUCACGCACAAGCACAUGGCAAUAUAUUGGACAGUAUGCUGCUAAGAGCAUCCAGUAAGGAGGCAGUGGAGAAUGGGAAGGAGACUAGUGGGAGCACAGCUCCUUCUUCAUCCUCCCAAAGAUUACUGUGGUGUCACUGUUAUCACCACUGCCCCGAAGAUUCAACCAAUAAUACAUGCAGGACGGAUGGCUACUGUUUUACCAUGGUGGAGGAGGAGGGAGGGGUACCUGUUCAGACUGCAGGUUGCCUGGGGCUGGUCGGGUCAGAAUUUCAGUGUAGGGACACAGGGAACUCGCGUCAAAGGAGAUCCCUAGAAUGCUGUACAGACCAGGAUUACUGUAACAAAAACCUGCAUCCUACACUGCCACCGCUCAAACCACCUCUCUACGUAGAUGGAAAGAUCCACCACAUGGCCUUGUUGAUCUCAGUCACUGUGUGCAGCAUUAUACUGGCUGCCAUUAUUGUCUUCUGCUACUUCAGGUAUAAGCGUCAGGAGUCUCGUCCUCGGUACAGUAUUGGUCUGGAGCAAGAUGAGACUUACAUUCCCCCUGGAGAAUCGCUGAAGGAUCUGAUUGAGCAGUCACAAAGCUCAGGCUCAGGCUCAGGGCUCCCUCUAUUGGUGCAGAGAACGAUAGCCAAGCAGAUCCAGAUGGUGAAGCAAAUAGGCAAGGGGAGGUAUGGAGAGGUGUGGAUGGGCAGGUGGAGGGGAGAAAAAGUGGCCGUUAAAGUCUUCUUCACCACUGAGGAGGCCAGUUGGUUCAGAGAGACUGAGAUUUACCAGACCGUCCUAAUGAGACAUGAGAACAUACUGGGUUUUAUAGCUGCUGAUAUCAAAGGAACUGGCUCCUGGACCCAACUCUACCUGAUCACAGACUACCACGAAAAUGGCUCUUUGUAUGACUACCUCAAAUCAACCACUCUAGACAAUAAAGCCAUGCUGCGACUGGCUUACUCCUCUGUGUCGGGCCUUUGUCACCUCCACACUGAGAUCUUUGGCACCCAGGGCAAACCUGCCAUUGCCCACAGGGAUCUGAAGAGCAAGAACAUACUGGUGAAAAGAAACGGGACCUGCUGUAUAGCUGACUUAGGACUGGCAGUCAAGUUUAUCAGUGACACCAAUGAGGUAGACAUCCCUCCCAACACUAGAGUUGGUACAAAGCGCUACAUGCCUCCAGAGGUUCUGGACGAGACUCUGAACAGAAGCCAUUUUCAGUCGUACAUCAUGGCCGACAUGUACAGCUUUGGGCUCAUCCUCUGGGAGAUCGCUCGCCGUUGCGUCUCCGGAGGAAUCCUUGAAGAGUACCAGUUGCCAUACCAUGAGCUAGUUCCGACAGACCCUUCAUAUGAAGACAUGAGAGAGGUGGUCUGCAUCAAGAGACUGCGACCAUCCUUUCCUAACCGAUGGACCAGUGACGAGUGUUUGAGACAGAUGGGGAAACUGAUGACAGAAUGCUGGGCCCACAACCCAGCCUCCCGCCUCACAGCCCUACGGGUCAAAAAGACACUUGCCAAGAUGUCAGAAUCACAGGACAUCAAGCUGUGAGCGGGCACUGCCAGGUGUGUGUUUCCACACAUAGAAAGGGCAUUAACAGUCACACUGGCUCUGGUACAGGCCGCACAAUCCUUUGUCCUUGGAAGAGGAAGGCAGGACAGGAAGCAAGAUCAUCACAUGGAGAUCGAAGAAUCACAGACUUUUGAGUCCAGAUGCCCAGAACUCUGCCUACCAAGUUCCCCUCGAAAAAUGUAUUACAGGACUACGGUGGUUAACUAAAGCUUAAUUAAACACAGCCAGGCCCUGUGUGGCCCCUGUUUCGUCCAUCAGAGAAUAUGAGACAAUUUAAUUUCAGACUAGUGUGAGGACUCCAGGUUCCUGUUCCUGUUCACAUACUCCAGAGGCCUUGGAGAAAGAGAUUGAGUUUGACUUAGCACUGUAGCUGCAGAGAUACGCAAACAAGCUACUGACCAGUCAGUGGAAUACCACAUCAAUGCUUUCUGUGAAAGCUACCCUACCUGCAGGUAAAGGUCCGAUUGAUAGAACGGAAAGGAUGUGCUUUAACGCAAUCUGUUAUUGCAGCAUGAUAUCUUUCAAAAACACUGUCACCCCACUACUGCCUUUAUGUUGUAAUUGAAAUUAAUUUAAUUAAUUAAAUUGACUGUUUUUGGUUACAAUGACUGACACUAUGUGGCAGGGAAGAAAAGUAAAAAAAUGUUUACGCUGGUAACAUUUGUAGACACUGAAGAAAAGGUACGCCAGUACUUUUGAGUUUGGAUGGGAUAUGAAAGUUGCAAACGUGCAUUUUGCAUGUAAGACUCAAACUCUUUAAGGCUCUAUGUGAAAAAUAAAGUUUAUAUGUCCAAAUAAAUUCUGGAUUGAGGCUGUACAUGCCUCCGUGUUUCCUUGCCCUCCAGUAAAUAAAGAGGGGGCAUUACAGUAAUGGAGCGACUGAAGCAGAACGGUGCCAUCCGUAGGCGCUCCACAGCAAUUACAGGAAGGGAAGUCUGCCAAGGCAAUCAGACACUCUUGUAUACUAACUGUAGUGGUGACUUCUUGCUUGAUGAUGUAGUGAUCUGUUAUAAUUGUGUGGAAUUGUGCCUGUGUUAGUUUAGGGGUACCACAAGUUGUUUGUCAUGGGAGACUGCUAUCAUUCACUAACUCCUAGUAAUACAGAGUGCCUCCCAUAACUAGGCUGAUGAUGAAUGUGUGUUUUAGGCAGCUGGACCAGAAGCCUUCACUGGAGAUAUAACAGUCAAACACACAGUAUUGUUGAAAAAUGAGCUGGUCCUAGAAAGCACCCGAGUUAUUCCCAAACUAUUGCACCACCAGAAUUACUAUGUGGACAUCACAUGGCCACCUAUCCUGACCACCAGGCUGCCUCAUACAUGUGAAUGAAAAGUACAUGUUGAACUGCCUCACCAUAACAAACCAUUUGCAGCUUUCACACUGAAAUCAAAUGGCAAAAAAAACCUCACCUGGCUUCUAUCAGGCGAGCUUCUCCACUAAUUCUAAUUCUUACAUAGUAGCAGCCAAGUACUAGGAAGCUUAAACAGCCUUACUGCCUCAGUAUGAAAUGGUUCUCAAGGUAAAUCUGGACACCUUUCAUCAUCACAGUAAGCAGACUGUACGGUCUUCCACGGCAGUCUGCCGUCACAGCAGCUGCAGUUGAAAUUCCCCUCAAAUGGCACAAAUCAUUUAAUUCUAGCUUUUUUUUUGUCCAUUAGUAAAAUCCUUGAUAAACUUUCCUCCAGUUCAGUUUAUUUGGGUCUCUGCCAACGAAAAUAAUGGAAUGCUCUGUCACUGCAGCAGAUUUGUUGUGUUUUAAAUGCCCUUUCUUUCCUCUUGGGUGUUGUGCCUUAUUUAAUCUGUACCUACUGUAGUUGUCUGUGAGAGAAAGUGGUGUUUUUAUUCAGUAAAAAGGUUGAACAUUCCCCCAA